UUCUGUGAGUUUAAUCAGUGUUUAUAUUUAGCUUUAUUAUGACUUACAGCUUCUCACAUCUAAUUCCUGGUCAUUUCUAGGAUCUUGGACAUGUUUCUUAUCCCAUGACUUUAUGAAUCGAGGUUAAUUUGUACUCUUGUUAUGUUGUUGACAGUCUGGAGUGAUGAAUUCUCCAUAUUUUUGUGCUCUUCACCCGGCGCUGUGUUUGGACCUUCAUCAGCAGAUGGCUCAAGGCUUCCAGCUUCACACUCACACGGUCACUGUGGCCGAGAGACUCGCAGAGCUGAUCCUAGAGGCACGUGAUGGAGGUCAGCAGAAGCAGCGCAGGAGCAGGACGGCGUUCAGCGUGUCACAGCUGCAGGCUCUGGAGAAAGCUUUCCAACAAACCCAGUAUCCCGACAUGGCCAUGAGGGAGAGACUGGCAGUCUGUAUCAACCUCCCUGAAGCUCGCAUUCAGGUGUGGUUCAAGAACAGGCGUGCAAAGUUCCGGAAAGGCCAGCGAUUCCGUCCUGUCCCGAAAAGACAUGCUACAGAAGACACCGAACAAGCCAAAGCUAAACUCUCAGAGGAAGACAAGCAAGAAACGUUGUCGUCAGAUUUCAGCGCUAGUCGUGUCAGCACUUCCUCGGAUGACACGGCUCGUUUCCGGACUCCGUGUCGGCUGAGCUCUGCGUCACCUUUCCGACCGUUUGAUUUCGGAGAACAGCACAAACAUCCAAGCCUUCUCUCCACAGCUCUGCCUUUCUCAGCUUCCUUUAUACCCUUCAUACAGCCUCGCAGCAGUGUGGCACACGUCAUGCCGAUGCGGAAAUGCAGCAGCCUUGGGCUAGACAUUAAAUCCAUGGCACAUCCAUGUCUGGACUUGUAGCUACACCACCCAGAAACAGAAAACCCUAAACACAAACCUCGUUGAGCCAGUUAUCGGCCUUAGGUGAGGAGCAGGAGCUCCGGGGUUGGACUAUGACUCGAUGGGAAGUUCACAUUAGGGCUGUAGUGUUUACACAUCUGCUCGGAGCUUUGUUUAAAGCACUUUUUAUAAAAACACACUUCAUUUUCAUACA